AUGGCUGACUCUUCAGAGCCUCCCUCCAGGGGUCCCCGUACAGCCUCAAGCACAUCACAUUUCCAGUAUCCGACCCUGCCUCCCUUGAAUGCGUCAGUCGAGGAGUGGUUAUCUCGCUCAAGACCGAUCAGUAUGACGUCAACGUUCCCCAUAGAUCCUCCACAACGGUCUCUCAGUGAGAGCUGGGCAACACUGAGUGCAUCUGAUGUACACUCCGAAGACGAAGCUCCCUCUGAGCAGACUGAUGUUGGAUCCUUGAUUGACACAAGCGGUCCGGAGGAUGUCGCAAGCCUCGAUGAACGGUAUAGCAGUAACGAUGACAUGGAUGGGAACUACGACGAGGGUCUUGAUAAUGAGGACUAUGACUCUAGGAGCGACGUCUCCGAGGUUCGAGACCUACGACCCAUGUUUCCUCAGUUGGGAUGCUCCAUCGAUGACAGCAAUCUCACCACUCAAACCGCCUUUCGCCAGUCCAUCGAGUCCAUCGAAUUCGUCGAGCCCGACAACUGGCCUGAGAUCGAAAGGGUGCAAUUAAAGCAUACGAUCCGGUUGAUUGAUGGCCCAGAGAUGGCUGAACUUAUGGACAAUUUUCCGUCCUACUUGGAAGACUCGACCUUGAUGGCUACUGUUCAACAAACGAUGACAAAGAAAAGCAUAGACACAGAUAAGCCGUUUCGUGUUCUAUACAUCGGAAGCUCCGAGUUCCGUGGAAUAAUACUCGACAAGCUCGGCGACGUCCUUGUCUCAAGCACAUCCAGUGGUUUCGAAAGUAGUUCGACAGAAUCGUCAAGAUAUCAUGUGGUUCCCACCUCGUUCGGCGCAGGUGCUGUUCCUAAUUUCGCAGAGCUUCUCCCGAUCCAUUUCCAACUCAUCGUGGACGAAUGCCUCGAGGCCACCUCAGAGUCCCACGUUGACAGACCCCGAACCAUUAACUUGAAGUUCAAGAAUCGUCCUUUAUGCACAUCUCUCUGGACAGGGACCGAAUAUGGUAUCUCCUCCUCGGCAGAUUGGGCACUACCCGAUGUAGCCAUUCUAUUCCUGUCUACACUUGACACAACUACAGCUAUGGAUACCCAACGGCUGGCGCGUAUGUUCAUGGAGAGACAUGGCGUACCAACAAUGGUCAUCUCCGAGAAACCUCUUUGGAAGAUGUCCAGAGAGCCGAUUCCUGUCAACCAUCAUAGUCUACACAUGUGCCUGGAAUCGCGCCAUUCUCCUACUGGAAAAACUGCGGUUCUGAAGCGUUACCCUAUCGAUCUGAACACUUUUGAGAGCAUAUCUCCAAGCCAGCUCAAUAAGAAUCUGGCCUCGUUGACGAGGAUUUAUCCCCGAGAAAACUUUAGAUCCACCACGGAAGCUUUCAAGGCAUCCCAGAAGAAGCCGUUGCUGAGUCUCAAGGGCUAUACAAAGAAGAUUCUCCCUUUGCCUUGUUUACGGAAUGAUACCGAGCUAGCGUUUGUCUUGCGUCUCAUUGUCAUCGCUGUGUUGUCCAUCAGUCUAGGACACAUAGCCCUAGAGGCCACUGCAGUUUUCCUUUCAAGCUUCGUUGCCCGGUCAGUCGUCUCCAACCAGAUAUCCCCUGUUUCAAGCGCUCCUACUACCCAUGUCACUCCAACGGCAGACUUGAAGCAGACUGCUCUGUCGGUAUUGCCGUCAACGUCUAGUGAUGUCCUGGCAGCCCACAGUUUAUCGCAGCUUGGCAGUCUAAUGGGCGGGGCACUUUCAAACUCUGAGGUGUCGAGGCCGACAGAAAGUUUCGAGAUCCAGGUUGUCGGGGAUUGCCAUCUUGUCAUCAAGCCUCCUAGCCAGCAUAUAGCUGCAGGGAGACAGCCGAAAUUUAGUGUUCAAGUCAGUCGACGUGGCCAACCCCUCCAGUAUGAGCUUUCCAAACUGUUUGAAGGAGUAUACUCUCUCAAGCUUGACCGCGAAGAGUCCUACGGCUUGGUUAACGUUACCAUCACCAUUCUUUCCAAGCCUCAGACGGUACAGGUUGUGCCAGUAGAUUUGGGUAUACCGUGGCUGAAAAUCGCAAACUGGAAACGUGCUGCGCAUGCCAUUUCAACGCAUCUAUCUCGCGACUUGGGUACCGCACAAACAGGAUUAUCGGAAGCGUACGGUCGGAUAACUACUGAUCUCCAGAUCAUUAUGGGAGACGUAGUCAGACGAGCUCAUUUGCUUCGGCAGGAAGCGAACCUGCUCAGGCGAAAUCCGUUACAGCUUUCAAUCGAUACAGGGGAGGCCUUCAUUUCAACCUCGAAACAAAUUUCCGAAAUUUUCAAGCGCUCCGCCGUGCAGUCCUUCAUAUCAGCUGCCUCCGUGCUCCAGUACCAGACCAAAUCGGUGAACGACGAAGCUAGACAUUUCGUAAGUGGCACAUGGAACAAAAUCAACGCCGGUGCGCAACGCCUUGACCCUGGGGCGAUAAUGGAGCACGUCCGAAACGCGCGAAAGUCCAAAACCCUAGACAUAGCUCAGAAGAGAGCGAGACGCUUGAUGAGAGGGAAUUUAUAA